AUGCUGCGACCCUACCACCCGGAAGUAUCCAAAGACCCAAGGACGCUAUUGCAAACGCCUCGAACCUGCACUAGCAAGCCCCUGAACAAAGGCAACUAUGUUCAUUUAGGUCUUGAGCGUGGUCUGGUGGAUCAACUUCACAGUCUGCCAGAAGCAACCGUUCCUCAAAUGCACAUCCAACUGCAUAUCGACGGCAUGAAGAUAUUUAACGGGUUUAGUCAGAGCCUGUGGCCUAUUCUUGUUCGUGUUCGCCAUCCGGUUGUUGCUCAGCCCUCCAUUGUUGGAGUGUUCUGCGGUACCGGGAAGCCCGAUCCGUUGGACGACUUCCUGGGCGACUGUGUUGGCAAGCUGAAAGACAUGCAUACACAUACGCAAAAUAUCGUCAAGGUGAGCUUAGACAACGUCACCUGUGGCACCCCUGCCCGAUGUUUUGUGCGGCAAGUUAAAGUUCAGCGUGUUUCGAAUUUGGUUUGAAAUUUUCGACCUCGAGGGAUUUCACUUUUAUCGGGAUUUCUAUCUACCGGACGUCCUCAAGGCUCGUGGGUGUUAAGAAUCCGAUUCGUCUUUGCGACUGAUCUAUCCUUGGAAACCUACACCAGGACUUGUGAGGGAUAACCUACCUUCGUCCAGUCGCCUCUCUGCAACAGCACUGAGAAAUCGCAAAAACCUACAAAAGGCUGAGUCAUUUACCUUAUAUCUUUGAUCUGGUUGAAAAUUCGUUUCAUAGCUUUAAGAAAACCGCUUGAAACUUGUAAACUCGGUAAUGUUAUCCAGAGAAAUGCCCUCAAAACAUUGUGUAAAAUGCUCGCCCCAGGCGGGAUUCGGACGCCGUCCGUCGCUCGGCCAGGAAACCGUCAUUACCACUAAGCCACUGACUCGCGCCAGCGUCGUCAAAUUAAAUAAUACAUCAUGUAUUACGCACGAUAUUAAUGACUGCAGUGUUGGGCGUUCUGCUGUCAGACCAAUCCCCGUAAAACGAGCAAAAAGUCUAGUGACGUUGGGGGAUGUCGCAUACGACGAUGAAAUCUGUACCACAUGUUUCGGACUCAUCCAUAAGUUUUCGAAAAUGGAGGGGGAGUUAAAAGGUCUAAAAAUGGAGGUAGAAUAGUUGAGGAAGCUUACUCACCACUUACGUGAAGAGAAGAAGCCGACGAAUUCGGCAUUCCAGAAUCCGAAAAAAAAACAUAUGCAACCACGGCUUCUUUAGCCAUAUCAAACGCUGAAACUGACGACGGUUCGUCCAGGGAACUAGACACAGUUGAAUGCCAAUCUCUUAGGAGAGAAAAAGACCAGCCAAAUCGAACACAGAGAACGAAGAAACAUCCCAGAAAAACAACGCGCACCUCUAUACGGUCCAAAAAACGAAGGCCGCUUACGUACACGCAGACCAGCGAAGGAGAACGACCAGGAGGCCUACGAAGGACCGCCGGAGGCUCCCAAAUAUGUUGAACAAUAAAGAUAUCGGAACACCUUGUGGACCGAAUAUUCAGGAGGAGGCUUCAAAAGAAACUGAGGUAAACUUUUUCGACGAACACAUUGGAAACACAGAAGGAAGGGUUAUCAACAGGAAGAUAAAUGAAUCGUACACGGAUCUCAGUUUCGCCAACCCAAUAGCUAGUUCAUCCGAAACCAGCGAAACUAGCAAACUUGAGAAGAACGCUCAGCCAUUCAAAAGAUGUGUGACAACAACGGGCACUAGGUUCUGUCGCAAGCAAAAUGUAGUUAUAAAAGGAGUACCCGAAUCAACGGCAACAAUUCCAAAGGAGAGAGUUAUGCAUGACUUAGACCUUCUUCAAGUGUAUGCGAAAGCUUUGUUAAUAGACAAUGAGUCACUUAAUGUUCUCAAAGCAUUCCGAAUAGGGAAGAGUCAGUCAGCAUCCGGUUCCGAUUCCCGGCCUCGACCCCUAAAAGUCAUUUUGGAGACUGAAGCACAGGCCCAGCUCCUGUUACAGAGAAAAUAAUCUCUGCGGGGUCAGCAUUCUGAAGUUUUUUUCAGCCGGAUUACGAGCCAAAAGAGCGAAUGAAAAUGAGAGAGCUGAUGACGGAGCUGGAAAAGCGGAGAAGCAGCGGCAAACACGCCUACAAAUUAAAAACGGACAAAUAAUUCAGGUCAACAGGACAGCCUAAACGACAGCAUAACCGAUGCAAAGGUGCCAACUCCUGAGGCUUCUCGAACCAGUGGCCGUUGUCUAUAAAUCUAUUACACUAACUGUCAGAGUCUUCUAAACAAGCUAGAUGAACUCAGAUUAUUAGUUUCUGAACAGAAGCCACACAUAUUUGUCCUAACAUAGACAUGUUUGACUGUGGAAAUAAGUAGUAGAGAAGUCAGUGUUGAAGGCUACCAACUGUUCCGUUGUGACAGAUUUCAGCGUAGAGGAGGAGGCACAGCAAUUUAUGUGUCAAAUGAAAUUGCGUGCUGUCAACGAGAAAUAUCCGAUGGUGUACCCCCAAAUUUUGAAAUAAUUUCAUGCAAGAUAUUUAUCAAACAAUUACCGACUCUGAACCUGUGUGUUGUCUAUCGGCCUCCUAGCUCGAAUGAAAUCGCCGAUAUGGAAUUACUUAGUGCACUGGAGUUGCUAUGUAAGCAGGAGAACUUACUACUUCUGGGUGACUUCAACGCUCCAGGAAUAGACUGGAACAUUCCCCUAACAAACGCCCCGUCCACGUCAUUUGACCACAAGCUACUUCAACUCACCCUGAAUGAAUACCUCAUUCAGCACAUAAAAUUCGGAACAAGAAUGAGAGAAGGACAACGAUCUAACUGUUUAGAUCUCGUUUUCAGUAAAGAAGAAGGACUCAUAAGGGAAGUGAAUCCACAACCUCCACUCGGUUUAAGCGAUCAUAUUGCAUUUACCGGCGUCUGCUCUAUCCUAUCGAACCAACAACCAAAAAUCAAGAGGCGCAGAAAUAUUUAGAAGGGUGACUUUAACGCAAUGAAACGUACUCUUUUGGAGGAAACCUGGUUGUUCAACACAGAAGAGUCAGACGAAUUCUGGCAGUACUUUCGCGGGAUUAUAGAGCGUCUAAUUGAUUCCCAUUGUCCCAUAAAAAUGGCAAGACCAUGUGCGCGACCGCCGUGGGUCAAACCGACGACAAAAAAGACCAUGAAGAAGAAACAGAGACUCUGGAAAAAGUAUUUGCAACUUCGAGAUCCAAGGUCAUUCGCCGAAUAUAAGGAUCAACGCAAUAAAUGCCGCAAACAAAUACGGGUUGCUAGAACUUCUUUCGAGCGCCGUCUGAUAGCAGAAUCCAUUACAUGUCCCAAUAAGUUUUACGGGUACUUCCGUAGUAGGAGGAAACAUAGGGACGAAAUUGCGUGUCUAAAGGAUAGCCUCGGAAACUUAUUAGUUGAAGGGCCACAGAAAGUGUGAUUACUGUCUCAGUUUUUUCGAUCGGUUUUUACGGAGGAGUCCCCAGAAGACAAUCAGAAGUUUGAAAUGGACCGACACAGCCAGGAGCUUCAAAUGCGCCAAGAUAUUGCCGUCAUUGAAACCGUCGCCUUUUCCGUCGAAGAAGUCAGACGCGUCCUCAGUCAAAUAAAACCUGAUAAGUCUCCUGGACCCGAUGGAAUUCCCCGACUAAUACUUAAGGAGCUAUCAACGGAGUUGUCAAAGCCUCUUUCGACUGUCUUUGACCUGUCAAUGCGAACAGGAAGGCUGCCCUCACAGUGGAAGACAGCUAACCUCGUUCCAUUGCAUAAGGGAGGUAGCAGGAUGACUGUAAGCAACUUUAGGCCUAUUAUCUUAACUUGCCUCCUUUGCAAAACGAUGGAAGCUAUAGUAAAGAGCGCUAUACAGCAGUUUUGUGAAGAAAAUAACAUCUUGCAGGAUUUUCAACAUGGCUUCCGGAGAGGACGUUCCUGCCUCUCAAAUCUGCUAGCUGGUCUGGAGAUCUGGACCAGGGCUUUAGAAGAGGGUUUUGAGGUCGAUUUCGUAUACAUCGAUUUCUGCAAAGCUUUGGACACUGUCCCGCACCAACGUCUUCUUCACAAAUUGAGCGCCAUCGGCAUCCGGGGAGAUCUUCUGAACUGAAUUAGGGCGUUUCUGGUUGGUCGGAAACAACGUGUUUGUGUCGGGGAUGAUAUGUCAGAAUGGGUGAAUGUGACCAGUGGUGGGCCGCAAGGCUCAGUUCUGGGACAAUUGUUCUUCAUCCUUUACGUUAACGACAGCCUUCAGGAACUCGACUGCGGCAAAAUAAUGUUUGCAGACGAUAUCAAGCUCUGGCAAGUCAUGAAGGGCCUAAAUGAUCAGAGAUCCCUUCAAGAUAAUCUGCACGGACUGCAAGCGUGGUCGAAGAAAUGGCUUCUAGAUUUCAAUGUGGGGAAGUGUGCCGUCCUUCACCUGCGUCCAACAAACUCUCAUUCAAAUGAGAGCCUGAGGACAUAUCACCUUAAAAAUAUAAGGCUCCCCGCAGAAUCUUCACAGAAGGAUCUCGGGGUUUGGAUACAGAACAGCCUGAAACCAACACUGCAGUGCCACAAGGCUGCAAAUCAAGGCAUGCAAUCAAAAGGGCUUUCGUAAACUUUGAGCAAGACCUUUUGGGAGAGUUUACGGCACUUUUGUUCGGCCCCAUUUAGAAUAUGGCAUACAAGCAUGGCGGCCAUGGCUAGUAAAGGACCAAGCAUGCCUCGAACGAGUACAACGGCGUGCAACAAUGCUGGUAAACGGUCUAAAAAGCCAAUCCUACACAGACAGACUGAAUUGCCUUAAUUUAUUCCCUCUGUGUUACAGGCAGCAAAGAGGUGAUCCUAUCCUCGUCUACAAGAUAAUACAUGACCUUGAGCAUGGACUUAAAUUUGAGGACAUGUUUCAGUGGCACCUUUCACCCAAUCUCCGUGGUCACUCGAUGAAGUUCCGGACAAUAAUGUCCAGGCUGAAUCUUCGUUCUGAAUUUUUCAUGCAGAGAGUAGUGGAGAAAUGGAACGAUCUCCCUCAGUCAGUCGUGGAGGCGACGUCUCUGCAACUCUUCAAGAAACGCUUGGAUGAUUAUUUGUGUCCCCUGUUUUCCCUCGAGAGUCUGAAUCUGAACUAA